UAUGGACUUCGUGGAGCCCAUCCCGGCUGCAAUAUCAGUCCGUAUUGCUCUGUAUAAAAUCUAUGUACAAACUUGGUAGCUUCUCGCGUGGAAAAAACAGAUUAAAUUUGAUUUGUCACUCUCUGUUAUUGCUUUCUAUCCAGGUCGGAAUCUUUUGACCUCGCCACUCUUUCACCUAGCCUCAAGUCCAACGAUGACUACGAGCAACGAACCAAGAAGAGAAACAAAAAGUUCGCCUCCCCUAUGUCAGGAACCUCCGCAAGCCUCAAUAGCCCGCGAAGUUGCCUCGGAUGGCGGCUACGGCUGGAUCGUCACGACCUCCAUCGCGAUCAUCUACGCGCACUCAUGGGGCAUCAGCGCGGCGUAUUCCGUCUUCCUCGCCCACUAUAUCAGAUCCGAUACCUUCCCCGGCACAAGCGCACUCGUCUACGCUGCCAUCGGCUCCCUUUCCAUAGGAAUCACCCUCGUCAUAUCACCGCUAGCUACAAUCAUGGCACGCGAGUUAGGGACCAGACCCACAAUGCUCCUCGGCGCCGUCUUACAGUCUGCUAGUCUUGUGUGCGCGAGUUUCGCAAGCCGGAUCUGGCACCUCUUCCUCUCGCAGGGACUUCUAUUCGGUGUCGGGAUGGGACUGCUAUUCUUGCCUUCGUAUGGUAUUGUCGCGCAGUGGUUCACCGCGCGGCGCGCGUUAGCCAACGGCGUUGCUAUUGCGGGCGCUGGACUAGGCGGAUUAACGUACUCGCUUGCCGUGGGCGCCAUGAUGAACAGGAUGGGCCUUCUCUGGGCUUACCGCGUUCUUGCAAUCGUCUCCGGCGUAGCGAACGGAGUUUCAGUCCUUCUUAUCCGGACACGGUACGGGGAGACGCGGGCAAAGCGUUUGGCCCUGGACACCUCCCUGUUCAAGAGGGUGGAUUAUCUCCUGAUUCUAGGCUUUGGCGCGCUCAGCAUGCUGGGGUACUUCAUUCUCGUCUUCACACUAGCGAACUACGCAAAUGUCAUCGGGUUGGACCCGUCUCAGGCUUCCCAGGUCUCGGCGGUAUUCAUGCUCGGUCAGGCUGUCGGACGUCCCGUCAUUGGAUGGCUGAGCGAUCGGUUCGGACGCAUCAACAUCACGUACUUGAUGACUCUGGUGACGGGAAUACUGUCUCUUGUUUUCUGGGUGAACGCAAAGUCGUUUGCGGCGUUGAUUGCGUUCGCUCUCAUCGUCGGUCUACCCGCUGGCGUGUUCUGGGUUAAUGCGGCGCCUGUGAUUGCUGAGGUUCUGGGUACGGAGAACUUGGCGUCCAGUCUGAGUCUAUUAUGGUUGAUGAUGGUUGUUCCCUCAACCGUUAGUUCGCCUAUCGCCUUGGUGAUAUACAUGAGGACGGGAACAUAUCUUGGGGCUCAGUUGUUCACGGGCUUUACAUUUGUUGCUGCUGCAGGUUGCGUUUUUGUUCUACGCCGACAUCAGAUCAGACUCCGAAGGAAGGCUUCAGGGUUCACGCUUGAUUCUUUUGGAGAGGAUGGAAUAGGACCAAUGGGAUCCAGAAUGCAACAGGGGUUCAUAGGACUAUCUAGCUGGGUGGUGGUGUGAUGGCCGAAGAAUCUUCAAAACUCGUACCAGUUUUCUAGAAGCUCCACCAAAGAUGAACGCUUCACUUACACGAUAUUAGGGCUACGAAGGAGACAUCGAAUUCCACCUGAAUAUUUAUUCCCUGUAUUAUUCAGGUACCUUGUUCAGAAUAAUUAUGAUUACUGUUGGGACGGCCAUCGAAGGCAUGUCUAAGUCUAUGACCACACUCUCAUCCAAGUCUUUGUUUUAUGCAAUUUUACCCCGCCGAACCAUC